AUGACUACCCGAAUGAUAACGGUACACCAGACACAUGCAUCACAACCACAUCUACGUGACACGGUGACCUCAUAUCGAGAUAAACGGUGCAUGACCUUGCAGAUGGGGCCCAGUUUGGAUCAGUUGAAACACGCAACCAACGCUAGCAGUUCACCCAGUGAUAAAGGUCCCGACCCUAAAGGAAUCGUAUCACUAAGUGAUAUAAAACCAUUGUUUCAGCGAACACAUCCUCUGCACCACAGCAGCAACAGUAAUAGCAGUAUCAACAGCAGCUGUUCCAACAACAGCAGCAUACCCCUCGGUAACCGUUCGAAUUUAGGCGACGACGACUCGUCUACACUGGAUAUUACAAAUCCUGAUUGCAGCAAAACGGUAGAAAGCUUUGUUCUUCAUUCGGGGGGAGGAGGAGUCGGUGCAGGCGGAGUAGGAGUGGGAGGAAGCAACGGAAGCAGUGGAGGAGGUGGUGGUGGAGGCGGUAGCGAUUCUCAGAAAAAGCGCAAACGUCGGGUGUUGUUUUCUAAAGCCCAGACCUAUGAGCUGGAGCGUCGCUUCCGCCAGCAACGCUACCUCUCCGCCCCUGAACGUGAGCAUCUCGCUAGCAUAAUUCGCCUCACGCCGACUCAAGUGAAAAUCUGGUUUCAAAAUCACCGUUACAAGUUGAAGCGGGCCCGUCAAGAGAAAGGCAUUGAACUGAACCCUCUACCGUCGCCAAGGCGUGUAGCUGUGCCCGUGUUGGUACGAGAUGGAAAACCGUGUCAAUCGACGGUCAACGGAUCUCUUGUAAAGGCACAGGAUCAGCUCUCGUUACAACACAACUUGGGCGCAACAGUAGGUUCUAACAUAAAUAACAGUCUUUCUGCUCAUAACCAGAUGAACUCAAUGCCACCGAUGAAUUCUAUGGCUAACAUGGCGUCAACAUUGGCAUCUUCUUCAAUGAACAUGAAUUGUUCCUAUAGUAUGAAUUCUGUGAAUCUUAAUGUAGGCAUGAGUGUAUUGCCGAGUUAUUCGCAUCCACUCAUGCAACCAAGGUCAGGCUGGUGGUGAGAAUUUAACGGUGAGAAACUUCAUCUUUUGCAACAUGGUAGGAGAGGGUAAUUAAAUACGCCAGAAUUGAUACGCACGCACACACACACGCGCACACACAUACAUUUAUAUAUGUAUGUGUGUGUCUAUGUAUGUAUGUAUGUAUGUAUGCAUGUAUGUGUAUACACACACACACAUACAUACACACACACACAUACACAC